CUUGUCUUGAUACAAAGGCUGGGAGAGGUGAGAGAUAUGUUGCGAGAGUUCUAGAAUUUAAAUGUCUUCAGUCAACACCCUUUGACUAAAAUGUAAAAUAUAGAAAGUAUUUUCCAGGUUGUGAGACCUCUGGACUCUGAUGCAAGAACAAGAUUAAAAAAGAAAAAAAAAACUCAGCAAGAGCACGAGUAAGAAAGUUCACAGUCAAGAUGUCGUCUGAACCUGCAUUCAUGUUUUCUGAGAUUCCUCUUGGGGACAGUGAGAAAAAAAAACCACUGAGAGUCGUCCUGCUGGGAAAAACUGGAAUAGGAAAAAGCCAGUUUGGCAAUGCCUUGAUUGGAGAAAACGUGUUCAGUGUGAAUAGUUCUGCAAACUCUGGUACAAGUGAAUGUCAGGCAGCCACCAAAAGAAAUGGAGAAAUCACAGUGGUUGAUACUCCUGGUUUACUUGACAACCGCAGAGAUGAAGCAGAUCUCAAACCUGAGAUAGUGAAGAGUAUCACAGAGUCCUCACCUGGACCGCAUGCUUUUCUCAUUUUCCUCAAAGUGGAGAAAUACACUGAGCAAGAGAAGCAGAUUAUUACAAAAAUAAGAGAGUUAUUUUCUGAAGAGGCUUUUAAAUAUGCUGUGCUGCUCUUCACUCACGGUGACCAGCUUGAUGAGGGAAAGACAAUCCAACAGUUUGUCAGUGAAAAUAAGGAUCUGAAAGAGCUUUCAGAUAAAUGUGGUGGCCGCUGUCAUGUUGUUGAUAAUAAAUACUGGAACAACAACCAGCCAGACCAUUACAGAAACAACCAGUUCCAGAUCAGACAGCUGCUCUACACGAUCAAUGAAAUGGUGGAGCAAAAUGGCGGCGGCUGCUACACCAAUGAGUUGCUGCAAGCAGUGGAGAGAAACAUCAGAGAAGAGACGAAGCGAACCGGAUCCAGAGAGAAGGCAAAGAAAAUUGUCUUUGAGACCUUCGUCAAGAAGGCAGUUGGUAUUGGCCUAGAAGUGUUACUGGGAGCUUUUCUUGGUGAUCCGGCAAUGAUUGAAAGGGUUCUUUCAGUUGUAUUUGGUAUUGCAGGUGGUGCUGCCACAGGGGCAGCUGUUGGAGCAGCAGUUGGAGGUUUGGUUGCAGGUCCUGUAGGGGCCGUUGCUGGAGCUGCUGCAGGGGCCACUGUUGGAGGCAUUGCAGGGGCUUUUGCAGGUUUUAGAGCAGCAGGUCAUCGACGUCCUGGGGGAUAUGAACACCUUCCAACAGAAGAUGAUGAAGGCAGUACAGCUGAGACAAUGCGUGAAUCAUUAAACAGACAGAGAAAGCCAAAGUCUCAAUAGAUGAGCAUAAUAAAAAAACAAACUUUCAAUUAUCUUUAUUCACAGACACAUUAUAAAAGUCUUGUUUUUUUAAUUCCAGAUAUGCCUUUUCUUUAAAUGUGUAUGAAAGAUAUUUUCAGGUAACAACCUUUAAAACGAUUCAGUCAUGGUCUGAAAAAAGGGCAGGAAAUGUUGGCUUUUUACACAGUGUAAGAAUCAGUUUAGUGAUUGUAAAACCUCACUAUGGGAGGAGUUAAAGGGGAACGGUCGUUUUUACAAUCUGGACCUUAUUUCACAUUCGUCACAACAACAUUUACGCACCCGUUUGACUUUCGUGUGAUUUGCAGUUGGUUCGGAGAUAAUUCGAU